UUAACAAAUUUCAUGUAAUUGAAUCUCAUUAUUGCAAAUAUAAAGUCAACGUUGAUAAUGUAUGUGAAGGUAAAUGAAAACGUUCCAGUAAAAGAAAGCUAUUUCAGGAAUAUUUUUAUUACAAAAUACAACCUUGGUUUUGGUUCUCCUAGAACCGAUGUUUGUUCGACAUGCUUACAGCUAACAGAGAAAAUAAAAGCUUGUUCUGAUAAGGAUGUCAAAGCCAACUUAGUAAUCCAGAGAAGGGUACAUUCAUUGAUAUCUAAAGCAUUUUUUCGCUUGUUAAGAGAACAGGAUGAAGGAAUCGAAAUUUUUUCGUUUGACUGCCAGAAAAAUCAAGUAUUAUCUAGGAUUCCGGAUCAACAGGCCUAUUAUUCAAGGCAAUUUUAAAUUUACAAUUUCACCGUUGUAUAGGGUACUUCUAAAAGUAAUUUAAAUCCAUUUACUGUCAGUUCUUUCUAAUGGGCCGAAAACGAGUACAAGAAG